AAAAACCUACUUUAUCCCUUUCUAGGGGAACUGAUGAUGAGCCUCCUGUGGUAUUACAGACCAGAGCACACUCAGGGAGGCCGUAAUUCUAGCAUGCAUCAGAAUGAGAUCUUUGCAUCCCGACACCAGGACGAGAACAGCGUGGCCUGUAUUGAGGAGAAGUGCUAUGUUCUGACCUUUGCAGAGUACUGCAGAUUUUGUGCCUUGGCAAAGCGUCGUGUGGAAGGGAUUCCAGGCAAGAAAACAGUGAUGGUUCCUCCAUCUGAAGAGUAUUCCACCCCUGCCCAUCGCAAGGUGCCAGAGGACACUGAUCCAGAGUUGGUUUUCCUCUGCCGUCACGUCUAUGAUUUCAGGCAUGGACGCAUCUUGAAGAAUCCACAAUAAUACUGCUGUGGGUUUAGUGAGUAGCGACAGCAAGCCAUUAGGCAGGCUGAGCUCUUUGUCCAUGUAGGGGCCUCCUUUUGUGGAGUGCUGCCCACAGGCACUGAAUAACAUCCCCGAAGCACUCAGUCCUCUACAUUUGGAAGCAGAUUUCCUGUUAAGGCAGAUCUUCAAAGCACAGCACUUCAUAUAAAAAGCAUAAAUGGAAAUAUAUAUCUAUAAAGAAAUGUGUGUCUGUAUAUAGAUAUAGGUGCUUGCUUCUGUAAAUCUAUAUCUAUAUAUCUGUACAAUGAGCUUCAUAUACUGGAGGGAGGGGGGAAGAGAGGAUAAAAGUGGAUAAAAGCCAGUAAACUGAAUCUAGAGCCAAUCUUGCUGGGGAUGGGUAGAACAUACUGAAGGAAAACUUCAGUGUAGGAGUGAGUCAAACUAUAAAAAGGUUCCUGGUGUCAUGUUCUUCUAAGAAGAGGAAGGACGUAUAUCCUUUUGUUUAGUAUGAUAUUGAACAUGGAGAUGAGACCUUGUUUUUGGAGCCAUUAAUAUACUGAAAAUCCUUCUCAUAUUCUGCAUACAUACCACUUGAGAAGGGAAGGACCACACUCAAGGUAUUUUGUAUUCUGUGAUUGCCCAGUCAGAUUGGUUGUUUUGGGCAUCACCUUCAAAGCAGGAAGUGGGAAGGAUGUAAUAGGAUCACCUCACACUAUUGUGAAAAGCUGCAUAUCCUUCUAAGGUUGAAGCUCUUAGCCAAUUGCUUAGCAUUAACUUACAUUGACAUCUGUAGGAUUUAUUUCCAAAUAAAUGCCAUAAAAGUCAGGAUAUCAGGAAACAGGCCCAGCCUUAAAGAUCACUCUAAUUGGGCACAGCGGUGGUGGGGAUGGUAGGGUGGCACUUGAAAAGUUCUCAGAGCUUGAGACAUAAAUAACAGCUGCUACAAUACUGAUCUCUUCUCUCCACAAACCUAGAGAGGCCUGCCUUCUUUGGGCAGAGGUAAUUUAUAUUCUUUCCCUUCCCCAUCCCAUUUUCUUUGCUCUCAUGUACAGUCCUUGUAGAACCUGGAUUUGCAUACUCAUCUACCUGGGAGGGCUAGAAGCCAGAGUUGAGAAAUGAUAGCAUAGUGCGUAGUGCUUGAGUUUCAGUCUUGAAACAGGCAUUGUAACCCAGCUGAAUCUGCUUUUUGCCUGUCUACCUCUCUUCUCUCCCACCUACCCCAGAAUAUCUUAACACUGACAUAUGAACAUGCCCAUGAUGGUGAGACUCUGGCUUCCAAAAGGAACUGACCAAUGAGAGGUUUGCAUUUUGAGAAACUGCUACUUGAUUCUCACGGAUAUUUCUGCCUCUUGCCUUACAUGUAUAGCUCUUAGAAUACUUUAGUUUAGCUUUAACACAAAGCUGUUUCAGUUAAUUCUAAAGCAAACCAAAGGACAGCAUAAGAAGAGUCCACCAAAUCAGUCAACACCCAACUGGGAUUCCAUUUGUAGAUUGCACUAAUUCUAAAGGAGAAUCAACACUGUAUCAGUCCAUGUACCUGCUGACAGCCAGAGUUGCUCACCUGAACUGGGGACCUAUGUGGUUGCUUUUUUUUUCUUUUGUAAGGGGGUGGGGGAGAUUUAAUUAGUAUUAUUAUAGAAGUGUUCCUACGGCUUUAAUAUUGUUGUCUUUUCAAGUAGAAUUAGCACUAUCUGUUCUGACCCUCAGGCUAGAAGCAUGAGUUUGGCCACCAGUGCUCUAUGUCUGUUAGUUCUGGAGAAAGUAGCCCUACCAUGUUCAGCUUCUUGUGUGUUGACGCAAAUGGUAUCUGCAGACUUGCUCUACAUACCAAAGAGGGGAAGUGAUGGGGGAGAGCUGUAAAAAAAUCUAACCAUGGUGGAUAGCAGAGAUCAGGUGGUGAUUCCAUUCCAGUAGGAAUGGAUGUAUUCCUGUUUGGGGGAGGAAUCUUCCACCCUAACACUGAGCAUGAAUUAUCCGAGCUUGCUAGUGUCAAAGUAGUGGCUUCCUUUAUCAGAACCACUGCUUGGACACAGAAGGGCUCUUUGUUGACUAAGGCUACAAAGCAUAUCUUGUUACAGCACAGGAAUGGAACAGAAGAUUCUGUACAACUUUUCUUCACACAAGGGAAAGCAACCCUGGAGAGGGAACUGAUUAAUGGAAGGGGUAAGCAGAGAGAAUGCUUUGGGAGCAGUAUUAUAUGCUCAGUAGCUGUGGCCUGUUCUUCCAUUUGCCAAGUCGAGGGAAUUGUAGAGAUAAAGAAAUAGUCCUCGAAUGAUCUGGGUAGGAGUGUGUAUGAAGGGUUGGUUAGUCUGAUCUAUGCAGAAUCAGAUUCGGGAUUCUUUUUUUCUUUUUCUUAACUAGAAAUGGGAGAGAAACUCUACUGCUAGAGAGCCUCUCCCCCCCCCCCCCAAAUUCUGAGAAUUCAUGGUGUGGUGGCUGGAAUCCUCAGCAUGGUGAACUGAGACCCAGAUUCAGGGUGGUCUUCCUGCCCUAAUGAGAGAAGUGGAGAUUUAGCUUCAGAAACCAGAAUAACUUCCUAACGUCCUGAUUUCUGUUGCUGCUUCCUCUUCUUCCCUUCUCUGGCUUCUUCUCCAGGCAGGAAAGCAACAGUUGUCCAAAAACAAACAAACAAAAAAAUAGUUAGCUGCCCAAUUCUGAAAUAGGGUUGGAGCCCCUUUUCUGGAGAAGAGAAACCCAAAAUCCUUCCCUGCUUCUGAUAAUUGUCAGAAUCUACUUCAGGCCAAGAAUAUUGUUUUAAAGAUUUGUGUAGUUGUUUUAUGCUGUUUGCAGACAGCAUGUAAAUGAUUUGAAAUGUCUUAUCUUCAAUGAAAAUAUUUCAUGCUUUUUUAAUCUAUUAGAUAUGGAAAUAUUUUUGAAACUGAAAAUGCAGUCAGUAGAAUUUAAAUUGAAAUGUAAUACAUGUAAAAUAUAUUUUAGUUGAUAAUUUUGUAAAAUGCACUUUUUGUGUCUCUUCCCUUGUUUCCCAGAUCUGUAUUUCAGUGUUUACAGAUGGAAUGAGAACAUUCCCUAUACUCUCCUUCUGUGAAAAAGAUAUAUUAGAAGUAAUUCUUAAAAAUAAAUUUGAGAAAUUGUAUUGACUUA